AUGAGAAUUGCUUUACUUGGUAGAAACAAAUUGGGCAUGGUUGAUGGUUCUUGGACUAAAAAUAAGUUUAAUGAAAAGUAUAGUCAUCAGUGGGAAAGGUGUAAUGCAAGUGUGCUUUCAUGGCUAAUGAAUUUUGUAGCACCUCAUCUAAUGAAUGGUGCAGUUCAAGGUACUGCUACAAUUCCAGUUUACUACUCUAGAUUGAAAGAACUUUGGGCUGAAUUUGAAAAUCUUGUACCAAGUUCUGGUUGUAACUGUCCUAAGUCAAAAGAUUUCUUUGAUUUCUUGAAGAGACAAAAACUAUAUCAAUUUCUAAUGGGUUUAAAUGAGAAUUAUACUCAGUCUAGAAGUCAGAUUAUAUUAAUGAACCCUUUGCUUUCUGUUGUGUCUGCAAAUAAUGAUAUUCUUGGUGGCAUUCUUGGAGCACCACCUGCUUCUAGUGUAGGAGUCUAUGAAUCAACUGCACUAUACAGUGCUAAACCAACAAAUGGUACAAAUGGACAAAGGUUCAAAAAGAAUCUUAAUCUUUCUCAUCCUAGUUCUAAUGCAUACAAUGUGGUGGCUAAAACUCAAGCAACAAGUUCACAGAAAUCUGCUCAGAAUAUGGUAAAUCAAAAUGGUUCAACUGGUUCACAAGUCUCAAGCCAACAAGGAAUUCAGAUGCCCUGCUUCUUCACAAAGGAUCAGUAUGACCAAAUAGUUAACAUGUUGAAUGGUGCACAGACUACUGCUGUAGCUAACACUGCUGGAGCUACCAAUCACAUGGUAGAAGAUCCUGAUCUAUUAACAAGCUCCACAAGGCUUGAGUAUGAUAAAACUAGAAAAGUUUUUUUGCCUACUGGUGAUGUAGCAUAUGUUACUCAUAUUGGGAAAGAUCUCUUCACUGGGAGGGUGAAAGCGAUUGGCAGAGAAAAGGAUGGAAUAUACUUGUUACCAUCAGUACAAACAAGCUCAGUAAUUGCUGCAGAAAAGUGCUCACUAGUUUCUAAAGAAUUCUCUGCUUCUAUAAACUCUCCUAACAGUAGUUCUAUUAGUGAAUCUGAUAUAUGUUUGUGGCAUAAAAGACUUGGGCACCCCUCUUCCAAGGUCUUACAUAGAAUGGUUGUUGCUACUUUAGAAAAUUGCAAGUCAAGUAUAAAAAACUAUAAGUUUCCUGCAUAUGUUCUUACUCAUUUUGAUAAAAAGGUUAAGUUCAUAAGGUCUGAUAAUGGAACUAAGUUUAUUAAUUCAUUAUGCUAUACACUGUUUAAAUCAAUUGGGAUUGUACAUCAAACUUCCGGUGCAUAUUCCCCUCAGCAAAAUGGAGGAGCUAAGAGGAAACACAAGCACAUACUAGAAGUAUGUAGAGCCAUUAGAUUCCAGGGACAUAUCCCUAUCAAGUAUUGGGGUCAUUGUGUGUUAGCAGCUGUCUAUCUUAUAAAUAGAAUGCCUUCACAAGUUAUUAACAACAAGUCACCUGAUCAGAUACCGCAUGGAACAAUUCCUUCACUUAGUCAUCUUAAAGUACUAGGUUGUUUGUGCUUUGCCAAAGCAGUACAUGAAAGUGACAAGCUUAAUCCUAGGGAAAUAAUGGCAGUACAUAUGGGAUACUCUCUGUUGACACCUGAUUUUCGAUCUCCCGUCAACAUUUUUACUUCCAUAAAUUAA